CAAUCGUGGCCAAAGGAGCUCCGGCUGAUCCUUGUCGCUCCGGCGCUGGGGAAUCCAGAGCUCGAGGCGUCAUUCUAAUGGCUGCGGAGCGGAUAUAUACAGAGGUCCAGGAUUACUAUGGCAAAGAGUUGAAGAAAAAAGAAGACCUAAAAACCAAUGCCUGUUGUACUGUAGCAAGGCCUUUGCCCACAUUCGCCAGAGAAGCCCUACAAUGUGUGCAUGAGGAGGUUUCGGCAAAGUACUAUGGUUGUGGCCUGGUGAUCCCAGAAUGCCUAGAAGACUGCUGGAUUUUGGAUUUGGGCUGUGGGAGUGGAAGAGACUGUUAUAUGCUCAGUAAGAUGGUUGGGGAGAAUGGACAUGUGACCGGGGUAGACAUGACUGAAUCCCAGGUGGAAGUGGCAAAGAAGCAUAUCGAUUAUCAUAUGAACAAAUUUGGCUACCGGAAGCCCAAUGUAAACUUUAUCCAGGGCUACAUGGAGAAACUGGGUGAAGCAGGCUUGAAGGACAAAAGCUAUAACCUUGUAAUCUCCAACUGUGUGAUCAAUCUGUCUCCUGAUAAAAGAGCUGCCCUGCAUGAGGCUUAUCGAGUAUUAAAGGCAGGCGGGGAAAUGUAUUUCAGUGACGUGUAUGCCAACCGUGACCUGCCACAGGAAAUCAGGAACCAUAAAGUCUUGUGGGGUGAGUGCCUAGGGGGAGCCCUGUGGUGGAAGGAUCUGUACAAAAUUGCUGAGGAAGUUGGAUUCUCGCCACCUCGGUUGGUUGCUGCCUCUCGAAUAACCCUUGGUAACAAGGAGCUGGAAAAUGCCGUGGGUGACUGCCAGUUUGUUUCUGCUACUUUUCGCCUCUUCAAGAUCCCCAAGGAUGGGUCAGCUCAGCGGUGUGAAGCGAUUUACACAGGAGGAAUCCCUGGGCAUGAGAAGGAGCUAGAGCUGGACAUUAACUACAGGUUCAAGCAAGGAGAAGUGGUGGAUGUGGAUGAGGAGACAGCAGCUAUUCUACAGAACUCAAGAUUUUCUAGGAAAUUCCUGAUCCACCCACUGGGGCAGAAGGUCUCAUCCCCAGAAGGCUAUAUUCCUGGGAAGCAAAAGCAGGAGAAACUCAGGGAUCCAUUUAAGUUAGCGGAGCAGAUGGAGCCAAAUGUCCCUGCACAAAAUCCCUCAGGGUGCUGUGGAGCCAAAGCAUGCUGCUGAACCUUUCAUUGUGAAAUCAAGAGUCUGAAAAGCUACAAUGGAAUAAAUCCAAAAAUGAAAAGCAAGAAGAGAGAUUGCAGUUUCUGAGCAGUUGUGAGAGUAAAGGAAUAAAUUAUGGCAUUUAGAUGCUC